CGGGCGGGCCCGCCCCCUUGAGAGCGACGCGAGCCAAUGGGAAGGCCUUGGGGUGACAUCUUGGGCUGUUUUUAGGGGUUGACUGGUAGCAGCUGAGUGUUGAGCUCCGGCUGGAUAAGGGCUCAGAGUUGCACGGAGUGUAGCUGAAGCGGCGAGGGGAGUGGAGGUGCGGACUCAGGGAGACAGACCCUCAGCCAGCUAGGAGGACUGCAGUGGAGUCUGAGCUGCAAAUCUGGUUCUUUUCUCUUUUCUCACCAACAGCCUAGAGCUAACGCCUGUGGCGCCCGGGCUGGUGUUUUGGGGAGCGCCUGGAGAUCCGCUUUUCCUGCCGCCUCCGGGAGGAGAGCCCCGCUGUUUGGGCGCUGCUGACAGUCGCCGAGAGCGGCGACUGUCCGCGCGGGGAAGUCAGCCAGCGGCAGCAGCAGCAAGCAACUUUCCCGGCCUCGAGGACCAGGGACAAGUGGCCCCGGGUCCCGGAACGAACUUUUGCAAACCCAUCCUGCCCCGUAAGCUGCCGCGGCGACGGUAAAGAAAAGAAGGCAGCGGAGAGAGGAGAGACCUGCGCUCAGCUUCACUCGCACCGGUUGCUGAACUUGGGCGAGCGCGAGUCGCGGCUGCCGGGCGUCCCCCUCCCCCUCGCAGCGGUGGAGGGGACAGACAUCUGAGUUCGGGCGGCCGCCACCCGCCGCCACUGUGGGUUCGGUGCUGCCCAGCGCCGCCGGAGAGCCGUUGCCCCGGGAGGCGAGUUCAUCAGCUGGCUCGGAGGUACGGCUGCGCCCGAAGAGCGCUCUGGGAGUGACCGCGACUUUUUAAAGCUGGGCAGCGCGCGCGAGCGGACAAGUAAGAGUGCAGGCGGCAUCUUAACCCUGCGCUCCCUGGAGCGAGCUGGGAACGAGGGCGCAGGGGGUAGAUCAACCAGCGGGGGCGCGCGCUCUUAAACUUUCUUUGCUAAAGGCUCGGGAGGCGCGAGUGUCCCCAGCUUGCCAGCGCGCUGUUGAGGCCCCGAAACUUCUGCGCACAGCUCAAACUAACCCCACGUGAAGUGACCGACCGUCCUAUGACUGCAAAGAUGGAAACGACCUUCUACGACGAUGCCCUCAACGCCUCGUUCCUCCAGAUCGAGAGCGACGCCUACGGCUACAGUAACCCCAAGAUCCUGAAACAGAGCAUGACCCUGAACCUAGACGACCCGGUGGGCAGCCUGAAACCGCACCUCCGCGCCAAGAGCUCGGACCGUCUCACCUCGCCCUACUUACGGCUGCUCAAGUUGGCGUCGCCCGAGCUGGAGGACGUGCUCAUCCAGUCCAGCAACGGGCACGUCACUACCACGCGGACCUCCAUCCAGUUCCUGUGCCCCAAUAACGUGACUGACGAGCAGGAGGGCUUCGGCGAGGGCUUCGUGGGCGCCCUGGCAGAGCUGCAUAGCCAGAACUCGCUGCCCAGCGUCCCGUCGGCUGCACAGCCGGUCAGCGGGGCGGGCAUGGUGGCUCCCGAGUUGGCCUCGGUGGCGGGCGGAAGCGGCAGUGGACUCAGCUCCAGCCUGCACAGCGAGCCGCCAGUCUACGCUAACUUCAGCAACUUCAACCCGGGCUCGCUGAGCAGCAGCGGCGGCGGGGCGCCCUCCUACGGGGCCGGGCUGGGCUUUCCCGCUCAGCCCCAGCAGCAGCCGCUGCCGCACCACCUGACCCAGCAGAUCUCGGUGCAGCACCCAGGGCUGCAGGCCCUGAAGGAGGAGCCGCAGAUGCCCGAGAUGCCUAGCGAGUCGCAGCCCCUGUCUCCCAUCGAUAUGGAGUCCCAGGAACGUAUCAAGGCGGAGACGAAGCGUAUGAGGAACCGCAUUGCCGCCUCCAAGUGCCGGAAAAGGAAGCUGGAGAGAAUCGCCAGGCUGGAGGAAAAAGUGAAAAGCUUGAAAGCGCAGAACUCGGAGCUGGCUUCCACGGCCAACAUGCUCAGGGAACAGGUAUUAGCUAGAGAAGACGUCGAUGAAGCUGUCCAUGCCAUAUUAUUUAGAGAGAAUUAUGUUGUGAAGAAACUGGAUGCAUAUUUACAGCAUCUGGAUACUUUUAAGGAAAGAAGAAAAGAGAUGCUACACAGAAAAUGGGUUGUAAAUGUCGCAGAGCCCAUUCAGCAGAGAAUUAUGGGAAAAGUAAUCUCAAAUAGAGGAGCUGAAAAAGCAAAGCGAGAGAACUUUGAAUGUUAUUUAAAGUCCACAAGUAAAACGGGUGCGGUGCCUCCAUUUUGUGGCCCUCUGUUUCGAAGACAGCAGAAGGCGGACGAAGAGACCAAAACUAGCCUUCAGUAUGAGACAGGAAAACGAUAUUCUGCAAAAGAGCUUAAAGAAACAAAGGCCAGGCUGCGUGACGAAUCACCCCCAUUCAUCUUCACUGUUCACAACGUGAUUCCGAAAGAGCAUCGUAAGGCCUCUCGGGUACCCAGGAGAGGCAGAACAUUCAGUCCUGAAAGGCAUAUCUGUGCAGAGAAGAAGCAUCUGUUCAGUAAAGAGAGGACGACUACCGACUUAAGUCAACUUGCUUUUGAAAGGCAGUUCCAUUUCUCACGGCUUCGCCAGAACAAAGAGGCUGAAAAGAAGGGUCUGGUUUUAAGGACCCGAGCGCAGAGACCCCGCUCCUGGGCAGCUGGGGAUCAAGAGCAGAGAUGGGGGCCGCAGCCCGUGGAAAGAAGAGUGAUGACAGCUGAGGUCCUGGGGAAGCACCUGGCCUCCCUGCAGGGGAUGGCCAGGCAAGGCCACCACUGUAACAAGCCAUCGAAGAAACUGAGCCCCAGAAACAUGAAAUAGAUUCACCAAAGUUACAAAGCAAGUUGGUGGCAGAGUCAAGCUGAGGCCCUGGGUCUCUUGGCCCUAUUGCCACCCCAUCCUUGGUUUUCCCAUUGUAUCAGAAAUGAAAUUUGGUUUCACUAUAAGCAGCCUCUGAAGUUACCUUUUAAGAGUCUUUCAUGUAGAAAGUAAAUCAGUCAAACUUUGGAAGAAGAUAUAUUGAUAAACUUUUAUUUUUAUUCUCUUUCUGUACAUUGGCAAUGAUAAAGCUUAAAGAUGCAUGUCCUAUGAAAUAUGCAAACAAGGAAUUUACAUAAAUAAUUUAUACUUCAGAAAAUUAAAGUUGAAAAAUAUUUUCCACAUUAUUAGAAUUCACAGUAUUUAAAGUACAUCAAGCUUUCCCCUUUAUAUUUCAAACUAUAUUGUCAUAGCAGAGAAUGAUAAAAUCUAGUUAGGAAUAAAAGGAUCAAGUUUCUGUUUUAUUCAGUGCACGAGUAGACACUCUACCAGAAUCAGCUGCGUGAGCCCUGAGGCUGCAGCAUUUCAUCCCAACUCUUCACCUCCUGAGUGCUGUGACCCAGCAGAGGUCACAUGGUGUGGAAUGGUUCAAUGUCACCAAACCUCCCCACGGUGGACACAUUCACCAAGUGGUAACAUCUGGUGGUCUGAUGCCUCAUUUCCACAUAAUACUUUUAUAGCCCUGAAAAUGGAAACCUGGCAUCUGAACACAGCUGACUAUGUUAACACCAGUACAAGGCACUGUGCUGUGGGGUUUGUUUAUUUAUAGGAAAGAUCAUGUUUGCAUAGACUGCUAGCGAUUUAGUGUGCAAUAAAAUACAGGCCCCAGCUCGCGUGGCUUUGUGAUGGAUGAAGCCCAGGGAUGCCCUCAGUCCCAGGAGAGCCCAUGCGCUCAUUCUGCAGCCCAGCCCUGAGCAGAGCCUCCGGUGCUGCCCUCCCCGAUCCCCUAAAGGAGAGUUUUCUGUUCAAAAAGCUGAAGGUCAAAGCGGACCCAGACCUCCCCGGUGGGGACCUCGUGCAGCAGUAGUCGACGGGUGGUAGGGCCUUUGUUUUCCUGUUCUGUUUGAAUUUUUGCCACUGGAACUUCAGUGCGACCUAGGAAAUCUGGUGAAUAAACAUUAUGUAAGGG